CUACGUCACCCCUGCGUGCUCGGUUGCUGAGCAACCGUAGACUACACGGAGCAAAAGAUACAGAGUAGAGUCUAAGGUUUUUUUUGUUUGUUUGUUUGUUUGUUUUUUGUUUGUUUGUUUUCCUGUUAUUGGUGUUUCUUAUUUUGCAUCAGCUUCUUAGCAGAGAUGCCUCGCUCUGCAGCCAAGCAAAAGCAAAAGCGUAGAGUUAUGUCAGCUGCCCAAGCGACCCCACCUCCAGUGGAAGUGGAAGAAAUUAUUCCUGGUCGCUUAACUCGGGCCCAGUGGAUGAGCAUGUUGAUCCAGGAGGAAGCAGAUGAAAUCGUAGGGGAGAUCAUGGAUGAACUGUUAAGCAAGGUCAUGGAAGGCUGUUUGAAGGUGGACAUUGAAAGACAGCUUGCACCUUUCUCAGUGUCUUGGGCCAAGAAAUACCUCAUUCAGAUUCUAGAGCAGCAAAUCUUGUGCCCAGAUGAAGGAGAAGGACUGGAGGAAGCAUGUAAAACUGAAGACUCUGAGCCUUUGCCAGCAACUCCAGAUGCCUGGGCUCAAGGAUGUGUGCCUGUUGUCACUGGUACCCCUCGACCUCACCCUGCCACACAGCAGGAGGCUGAUGUCCUGCAGGUCCCAGUACAAAAAGAGCCAAGAGUCAACCAGCAAUGUAAUGUUAUGGCCCCAACAAACUGUUUUUCAAAGCAAUCUGAAAAGGAAACAAGCCCUGGAAGAUCAGUCAGUGACAAGCACUGUAAAGUGCUUAGUCCUUGCCCCCCACCAAAAAUUGAUCGAAAGAAAGGACAGCAGUUUAAUUUACCCCCCAAGCCAGUUCUAGGCAAAUCACUGCCAGUCCUGUCCUGCUCAGCAGAAAAAAAAGAUGUGAAGGUAAAGGGUAAAAAUAGGGUAUAUUCAGUGCAUAACCAUAUAACUGGACCUUUAUAUCAGCCUAAGGACCACCAAGCCAUACCAAGGCUUGACCCCUCAUCCCUGCCUCAACACUGCAUCAUUCCUGAGUAUGAGAUUGUGGACAAUAACUGUGAAAAAUCCAUCCCCAAGAAACCAAGUGGACUAUCCAAACUAGAGCCAAAAUAUAACAAACAGCAAAAACGGACAGUAACUGCACCGACACCACUAACCAACUCAAAGGAUCAAUUAGCAAAGUUUCAGAGGAGGAUGGAGUUCUCUGGGUCUCUGAAGCUGGACACAAUGGUUUUGGCCAAGGGUGUUUCUCUCCAGGAUCCCCAGGGAGAUGAAAGUAACCCUCUUAAACAUAUCCCUCCUUCUCAGUCUACCAAGCUAAGGCCAAUACGAAGUGAUAUAACUGUGCCACUGUUUUCAGUUGAUCAGCUUAUCACAGGUCGACCACCUCAGGUCACCCCAUUGUUUCAGUCCAAGAACUGUGAGAACUGAUCAUAAAAUUUGGCGAUAACACCUGUCUGUAGCUGUAUUUAGAACAGAAAAAAAUACAUCCUCCUAAUACAAGAGCAUGUCACAUAAAUGUCCACUGUAGGCUAUGAUAUUUAAGAUGAUCAUACAUGUUUUGAAAAUAUUCUGACUCAAUGCAUCUUUCCGUGUAUUUGAAAGCUACUCUGGGUAGUAUGGUGGUGCAGUCGUUAGCACUGUCGGCUCACACCAAGAAGGUUAGGCUAGAACUCAAAAACUAUAACACUGUGAACCAAGCAAAUUAUUUGGUACACCUAGCUAAAACCAGUGUAGUCUAUAACAACAGUCUUGCGAGAUGCCACAUUCAUGAAGAUUAUAAUAUUCAGUUUUUUAUUGAAAUUGUUUUAGAAAGGUCAUUUUGGAGGCUGUGGUUUGUGGUGCUGUUGAACUAGCAGGUGUUUCUGUUAUUUCUGCUUUUUCCACCCCAUUCAUAUCAAUGAGGGUAUGCUAAACAGAAAUACCUCUCUGUAUUAUGCAACACAAUUCAAUAGUAAGCAAAGUUGAAUCAAUGCCUCUUGAGACAAACUGAACAUUAUAUCCUUUGUAAAGGUAUGACUGUUGUAGUAAAGAGCAAUAGGUUUAACUUGGUGUUCCUAAUCAAUUGGCAAAUGACUGUAUGUAUGUACUUAACAUGCACAUCACACUCAACACAGCUGUUGCAAACGUACCCCACAGGUGCAUAGU